CAAUAAUUGAACAAGCAGAGCCUUAAUCACUACCUGUCAACGUGUCCUAUAUAUAUUAGGAUCCCACAGCAAUUAACCCAAGGAUACUGCUAAUAUAGAGGAGGUGGACAGGCCAGCCCCCUCUGGCCUUGUUCUCUCCCCCACAUGCCCUGCCCAAGCCAAAUCUAAGGAUCGCAGCUGCUCCAUUGAGGGGGGAAAGGCGCAGCGAGAUCAAGAGCGAUGGGGGAGCUGGUGGUCGCCGGGAGGUACUGGUGCCACAUGUGCGCCACGGCGGUGAGCCCUGUAGCGGCAGAGGCCGGGAUGGAGAUCAAGUGCCCGUACUGCAGCAGCGGCUUCCUCGAGGAGAUGGAGACCGCCCGCAGCAGCGUCGCCAACGGCAGCGGCCACGCCCACGCCCACGCCCACGGCGGAACGUACCCCAGCGCCGACAACGCGAUCUCCAUCUGGGCGCCGAUCAUCGACAGCAUGGUCGGUGAUCCCGUCCGGCGCCGCCGCAGCAACCGACGUACUGUGGACGCCGUCGCUGCCGCAGAGGACGAGCUGGACAACGUCGACUUCUCGCGGCGCCGACGUCGCGCCACCGCGUUCUUGCGGCUCCUGCAGGCGAUCCGGGAGCGCCAGCUCCAGCGCCUUGAAUCCGCUGCCUCCCUCAGUGGCACCGGUACCGGCCUCGAGGCAGAGCACUACAGCCCUUUCGGCCGGAGCAUCUUCGCCGCCGCCCCCCUCGGCGAGCACGGCAUGGCGCUGGGCGACUACUUUCUUGGCCCCGGACUGGACGCGCUGAUGCAGCAGCUGUCCGAGAGCGAGGCGGGCCGGCAGGGCACGCCGCCGGCGAAGAAGGACGCCGUGGAGGCGCUGCCGACCGUGGAGGUAUGCGGCGGCUGCAACGAGGACGACGCGGCCAGCUGCGCUGUGUGCCUGGAGGACUACGCCUCCGGCGAGCGCGCCCGGGAGCUGCCCUGCAAGCACAGGUUCCACUCCCACUGCAUUGUGCCUUGGCUGGAGAUACACAGCUCCUGUCCCGUGUGCAGGUUCCAGCUGCCGGCCGACGACGAGCCGAAGAACUCAUGCGGCAGCGGCAGUGGGAGUAACAGCGGCACCACCACCACCACCUAUGUCACCUAUGUUAGUGCUGAUGUCAACGACAGCGGCGAUGGCCAUGGCAAUGAGAUUGGCGAUGGCGGGGGAGAGGCAGCGGGCAAUGCCGCCGUUGAGCACGAUGAUGGUGGUACGGAAGCUGAAGAAGGAAACGUGAGCCGACUGCCGGCGUCGAUUUCGUGGCUCAAUAGCCUCUUCCCUCAGCAGGCGCCAUCGCCGUCGUCCACUUCGACUUCCGGCAGCAGCUCGCGGUACUAUGAGGACUAGCUAACUGCUGGGUUUGCCUUGCCCGCUGCUUUGGAAAGGAUCACGUCACCACUGUGCUACCGCCAUGGAAGUUUGGAGCUUUUCUCCGUCUCUUUGUGUAAUACGAAACUGGCCUCGCGUGUGCAUUGGGCCAUUUGUGUGUAAGUUUAAAAUCAAGGGUUGUACAGUUAACAUUCGAUACAUUUUUGGCAAUUAUGACUGAUUUUCAUCAGUUUCCAAACUCAA